UUCCAGAACAGCCAGACACCGGCCCACUGGAGGACGAUGGUGUUCACACGUCUAGGAUACUUGCUGCUGCUUACGUGGGCUGUGAGCGCUUCUGACGGGGUAAUGGAAGGUGAGGAUCAGGCAGCAAUGGAAACAGCAUCAGCUGGGUUCCCCACCACAGCUGAGGGCACCAUGACCGAUUACAACAUACCCACGUACCCCCCGGACCCAAAAGAGAGCAUGGAACACGCCCCCAACCCUCUGGAGGCCCACCAGGUGUCGUUUCCGGGCAGGGUGUCAGCCACCGAGCCCUACAUCGACCCUGCAACCCCACUGAAGGUCCGCGCCUACGCUGGUACAACUGCCUUCAUGCCCUGCAUAGUUAACAACCUUGGACAGCGCUCG